AUGUCGACGCCCUCAGGCGGCAAGUCAGGGAACCCGCGUUCCGUAGCAGUUUCGCUUUCGCCAAGGGCGGAAGACCCAUUUCCCGGCCAUGACUGGUCGUUGCGAAGUCCUCGACCGCUGGCGAUAAGGGAUUCGAAUGCGAGGUCUGUUCGCCCAGCCUUUCGACGGGACGCAGUGGACAAGGCACAGUCAGAGAUGACAAAGGUGCUGCGUGUCAGAACCGAGCAAACGGUUCGCCUUAGAUUGACUGAUUUCCUAAGCUACUUUACGCUGAAUCGCCUGUUUGUUAAUGAAUGCGAGGCAGUCUCUGGACAUUCUGGAACGGCGCUCAAAGACGUCGCGAACAACCAAAUUCUCGGCUUUAUCCCGUUUCUGCACGAAGUGGAAAAGCAAAAAGAAACCCACCCCUUCCGAGCCUACAGUGCUGCUAAGCAAAACAAGAAAGGCCCGACACUGGCGGUCAUCGAGGAGGGGAAAUUUAUCCUCGUUGAUUCGGCAGUAUUUGCACUUCGCGGCAUAGAGCAAUACACAAUCCUCCUGGCAUCGAUCCCCGCCAUGGCCAACGAGAUCUCGACGGUCCUACUCGACUAUCGCAAACUGCAUAACUCUUGCACGCCACUGCUUAUUUUCGGUGCUGGCGCCAGAAUAACAGCUGGGCUGACCAAUAUCAACGCCAAGCACCUUGCCCUUACCUCGCAGUCACUGUCCUUCAUUGCUCUGAUACCCUACGUGCGCAAGUGUGUCCGUCGUCGACCAUCCAUCACAGCCUCCGGCAUGGCAGAAUAUGACCGGCUGAAGCGCUUGUUCCAAGACCAUCGGUCCUCUAUCCACGAGAAGUUCAUCGACAUAAUGAGUUUUCGCGUGACCCUUUACAUCAGAGAGAUGGAGAAGAUCAAGUGGGACGAUGAGAUGAAGAAUAGGUGCAGAGGAACGUUAGUCCACGCAUGGAGACGCUCACGAAAGAGUCGCACACGCUACAACGAGUUCUGAGCAAGGAACUGCUCGUCAGUCAUGUCUACCGUGUCAGAGGUUCGUGACUCACCUGGAUGUGUUGCUACCAUGUCGGAUUUCUCCGCAUUUUCUCUGUCCUAUACAAUGCACAUAAGUGAUGUGACCUGCCAUGAAAAAUCGCUGACCCACCUGGAAUAUACCCAUGCUGUAUGGAAACACAAAAGACCCUUCGCAAGAAACCAAAAAAAAAAAACCCGACGGCCAUCCAAAUUACAAAAGUAAAGUCCACAAAAUACUAUACUUGGACAGAGGUGAAAAGAGGAGAACCGUCACGCGGAGUCCGCUAGAAGACCAGCUAUCGCCUCACAGUUGCAACUUCCAAGGCCAGAUCUUAAAUAGCUGGCAACUUGCCUAUAUGCGGCGGACGAUCCGGUGGAGAAAGUGAAAAAAAAAAACUGAGGAUGAGCUCUAUCGAAGCUCUAUCGAAGCAAGACUUCAAUUCCCUUGGUAUAUCUUAGAAAGCUUACCAACAUUCUUAUUAGAAUUCUUGGCAUGGGACUAUUUUCCGAUAUUUUCAAAGGUUAGGAGCUCGAUGUAUCAUUUGCCCCAGCUCAGAUUUCUUCCAAGCAACUCCAGUUCGGAUACAGCUGCCCUGUGGUAUUACAAAUAGAACGCUCAGAUCUCUCCAU